UUGUUAGCGGUGUUAACAAUUCACCGAAACAAACUUUAUUUUAAAAUUAUAAAAUAUUAAAUCCAAAAAACAAAACUAUUUUCAAUAUAAACAACAAAAGUAAUUCAAUCUAUAAAAACAACGACAUUCAGUGGAUAUUUAAUUCACGAUUUAACAUUAUUUUGCAAAUCUGGAUGAAACUGGCGAAGCUAUGAUCGCCGCCUCAGAACCUUUGGAAUUCAUUCCUCGGGGGCGUCAGGCGGUUGAGGAGCACCCAGGUCCUGUGGUGCCUAUGCCAAAUUCUUGCAUCCCUUCCGAGAAUGUUCUUCUCUAUCGCAUGCAAAAUGUUAAUAUUUCCUCGAAUGAUGAGUUUAAUGAAUUUUGGUAUAUUCGUGAAAUCUAUUCUGAAUGUCGACGAGAAACUCCACAGCAGCAAAAUCAAGAAAAGAACAAAUCAAAAGAUAAUAAGAACCCCGAAUACAUGACCGAUUUCUAUGUGAAUUCCGAGGAGGAAUUGUAUGUGAAGAAAAAUACAGCUGUUUGGAAUCGAGGUCUUUAUGCUGAAAGAGGAGUUCUUCCGCGAAUGUGCUUUACUUGUGAAACACCUAUAAAAUUUGCCUUCUUCUGCAAUCAAAGCUUUUUACAUGGAACCCUUAAAAAAGAGUCCGAUAAGAGUAAUCUCACUUCAAUAUGCUUAAUUGAUUCAUCCUGCCUGCGUGUUUAUUGUAGCAACGGUGAAGAUUUCACAUCAAAUUUAGAAUUUCCUGUCUCCAAUGUCUGGGUCACAAAAUUCGGAAUACUUCUUGAAAAGGAAGCCAUCAAUACAAUUGUUCAAAAUCUUGCUAUAUCAAUGCCUCGAAUAUUUUCACUUUCACAUCCUCUCGAUGAAAUAUGUCCGGUACUCAUUAAGUCAUCAAGCGGUGUUGUGAGUUAUCUCACCGAAGCCGAUUACAGUGUCAUCUUUACCACCGAAUCCAGUGAUUUAGUUUUGCUUUACGACAAUAAAAUGGGAAAACAUUUUGUGUCUAAAUUGCGGAAAGCAACAGAAGAUGAAAUAUCUUAUGUUGGAUGUAACAAUGAGACAGCAUUUUGUAGUGCAACAACUGUCAAUCAAACCCAACGACCUGGAUUGUCUAGUUUUUCUCAAAGUUCCAUGAAAUUUUCAGCUGGAGCCAAAAACAGUACAGCCUAUAUGCCGCGAUCGAGUUUAGGAACAACUGCUUGUAAUCCACAUAUUAGCAAAUUUCUGAGUUCCCAGUCGAUAAACAGUGGGGCUGGAAAUUUUAACCGAACAAACAGUCAAUCAGCUUUAAAUCGAUUGCAAUCUUCUUUGGGAGCGCAUUCAUUGUCAAUGCAAGAUAUAAGGAAACCCGGGCAGGCACAGCCAUCAAAAGCAAUUGUUCCAGAUUAUUGCUUGGAACACAUUUGGACCGAACAGAUAUUGUCAAAAGAAUUUUGUGAAAUUGCAACAAAAGCUUUUAUCCAUAGUGAUUUGAUCGGGCAGACAUAUCUGUGCUUUCUGCUUCCUAGAUCGGGAAAGCUACAAUUAGUUCGAAUAUUGAAUUUCGACGAGGAAAAUACUCAAAUCGAAGGUGAAAUAUUUUCAAUAGCUGCUAAAGAUGCUGUUGUCCUUGAGAAAAUGAAAAUGAUCGCAGUUCUUGAUCCAAGUGGAACCUUAACCUUGUACACAGGAAAAGUUUUCGUGUCAAAGGUUCACGUCGUAGCUGUUCUUCCAUCUUCAUUGCCCCAAAGCAAACCAUCAUGUUCUCCAUUCCCAAGACGAAGCAGUCUUCUGCCAACAUCUCAAAAAAGUGAUUCAAAUUUCGAAGAAGAAUUACACAUGUUAUCACCAGUGCAUCCACUCCAGCCAUUAUUCCCAAAUCGCGGAACCAGUGGAGUUUGCUUAAACCUUCGCGAUCCCGCUGGCAAUCGGUUAACUCUUGUCUAUCCAACGGGGAAAAUGUAUCGCUUGUCGUUGCCACUCAUAAAUGAAACUUAUUUCGUAACUCGAUGCAUAGAAGCCUUGCGACGAAUUCUGAAGAAGGAAACAUUUAUUCAACUGAUAACUCAUUGGUAUGGUGUGCGAAAUCCACCCGGAUCGAAGGACUUUAGUGGCGAAAAGGAAUGGCAGACGUUCAAGACUGUUUUGUCUGAAAUGAUGGGACGAGUAGCGAGUUCUGAUGAUUCAAGUAUAAAUAUUCCUUGUCAACCAGAAGAACCAAAAAAGAGAAGGAAGAAUGAUGAAGUUCUCGACGGCACCGACGAAGAUUGGGAGUAUUUGGAAACGAUCUUGAACCGGCGCAAUAAACAAGGUCCUUUCAAGCCGAAUGCAAUUAAAUUCAUAGAUUGCAGUGCCAUACUUUUCAAGGAAAUACCAAAGAUAUUUUUUGCCUUCCAUUUAUUGUAUGAGGACUUGAAGCUCGAUAAUACAAUGCAUGAUAGUUUGUGUUCUUUGGGAGAGUUUCUUUACCAACUAGCGACUGAUAUGCAACUGACUGCACACUGCCUUCAUUAUUUCCUGGAUUUCCCGCACUUGGCCAGCAUUAAGUCACAUAAUAUCUUCACCGAAGAUCAUGCCAAACAAAUGUUUCAUAAAGACCUACUGGCCGAACCGGUGCCCAAUAUCUUCCAGCAAAUUGAAAAUAUACUUAAAAAUCGGGAAAUUUAUCAAUAUUCCAGUAUAGAAGGUAUAAAUACAGUUAGCAGAAAUGUUUUAAAGUUAAUUUCACUUAUAAUUCAUGGAUGCUUAAAAAUUAAGAAUUGGAUUAAACCAUUGGAAUUUCCCGAUACAAUGUAUUCGGAUCUUCCCAACAAGAAGAAGCAAUACAUUGCAACAAAUGUGCCUUUACAUGAACAGCUUAUACAAAUGUUAAUAAAUAUGGACAUGACAAGAACCGAUGUCGAACGAUUGCCUGUUUCCUUGCACUUGAUAAUAGCCGAAUGUUUAGAACAUGGACGUCUCUCCCCACCGAUGGGUUGCGCACCACCAACCUACGAACUUAUAUUGCGUUCCGAGCUGCUGGAACACACUCGCUAUCAAUAUUCCACAGAAUUGUAUUCAGUUAAGUUUAGCAAAGCAAACAUAGACGCUGAAGAUUCCCUAUCUCCACGUUGUCCACCAAAUCCAAAUGGAUUUUCCCGAACCGAAUCUGCCGAUGAUGAUGGCAUGGAAAAUAUUGAUACAAAAUUGUUGAGUCUACGCUUUCCCGAUGACUUAAGAAUAGCAGAAGUCCGGCGUUUGCUUAUAAGUUCGGAGCCAGUUCUGAUUGACAUUACACAAUCGCCUGGUAUAUCCGAUCAUGAAUUCAUCGAAGAGCAAGAAAAACAAUUGUAUGCUUUGUGUACAAGAACCAUGACCUUGCCAAUGGGACGAGGAAUGUUUACAUUGAGAACAUCAAUUCCCACUCCAACGGAAUCGAUGCCAAUUCCAAAGUUAUGUCUCACCGGAAAGGAACCGGUGAAGGGAGCAACUAUUGAGAUGCAGCAAAUUGAAUUUCCCGCAAAUAUGAACUUGUGGCCAAGUUUUCACAAUGGUGUUGCAGCUGGUUUGAGAAUUUCUCCAAAUGCGAGGGACGUUGAUUCCACUUGGAUUGUGUAUAAUAAACCAAAAGGGCCAACUGAAGUCACCACCGAGCACGCUGGCUUUUUAAUGGCCCUUGGUCUAAAUGGUCAUCUUAAGACUCUCUCGUUUAUGAGCAUAUAUGAGUAUUUAGUUAAAUGCGAUGAGAUGACAAGCGUGGGUCUCUUAUUGGGAAUUUCAGCUACACACAGAGGUACAAUGGAUACAACGACGACAAAACUGCUAAGUGUCCACAUUGAAGCAUUAUUACCUGCCACAGCUCUAGAAUUAGAUAUUCCACAAAAUAUUCAAGUAGCUUCCCUAAUGGGAAUAGGUCUCAUAUACCAGGGAACUGCAAAGCGACACAUAGCAGAAGUCUUGCUUCAAGAAAUCGGUCGACCGCCUGGUCCGGAAAUGGAAAACAGUGUGGAACGUGAAUCAUACGCAUUGACUGCUGGCUUAGCUUUAGGUUUGGUUACCUUGGGGCAUGGUGAGGCUCCUGCUGGUCUGAGAGACUUGCAGUUACCUGACACGCUGCACUAUUACAUGGUUGGCGGCAAUAAACGACCAUUGCUGGGAUCACAGAAAGAAAAGUACAAACUGCCUUCAUUCCAAGUGCGAGAAGGUGACACUGUUAAUAUUGAUGUCACCGCUCCAGGAGCAACUCUGGCGCUUGGUUUAAUGUUUUUCGAUACUGACAAUAAGGCAGUUGCCCAAUGGAUGGAUCCUCCCGAUACAAGUUAUCUUCUUGAUCUAGUACGACCAGAUCUGCUUCUUCUUCGCACAAUCGCUCGAGGGUUGAUUCUUUGGAAAGACGUGGAACCAAGCUCCGAAUGGCUGUUCAAUCAGUUUCCGGCAAAUCUUAGAUUCGAUAUCAAUCGGGGACCAGUGCCAAAGAAAGAUCUUACAGAUCAUGAAGCAAUUACGCAAGCGUAUUGUAACAUAAUUGCGGGAGCAGCUGUUUGUAUAGGUCUCAAAUAUGCGGGAACCGAGAACAAAGAAGCUUUCAAGUCUCUGAAGAAAACCAUAAAACUCUUCCUUGGAUUCUCGGGCAAAUACGUUGGCGAAUAUGCUGGACGAGCAACUGUGGAGAGUAGCCUUAUGCUGAUCCUCAUUUCUAUAUCGCUUGUUUAUGCUGGAACUGGAGAUUUAGAAAUAAUGCGAAUGAUUCGAUAUUUGCGCUCUAGAAUAGGCACCGCUCAUUCUCAGGUUACUUAUGGCUCUCAAAUGGCUAUACACAUGUCAUUGGGAUUUUUAUUUCUCGGCGCUGGUCGAUAUACACUUUCAAAAAGACCGGAAGCUGUAGCAGCUCUUGUGUGUGCUUUGUUUCCAAAGUUCCCAAAUCAUAGCAAUGAUAAUAGAUAUCACCUUCAAGCAUUCCGUCAUCUUUACGUAUUGGCUGUUGAACCAAGACUUUUCCUUCCCCGAGAUCUCGACACAAAAAAACUAUGCCUCUGUCAAAUUUCCUACAUUGAAAUCGGUUCAUCUGAGAUUAAAAAGCUACCCAUGGCACCUUGUAUGUUACCAGAAUUGAGCACUCUAAAAUCAGUGAUAGUAGACGAUCAGAAUUAUUGGCCAGUUUGUUUUGAAAAAGGACGUAACUGGGAUCAAUUGGUAAAAGCUUUAGAAGUAUCUGGUUGCAUUGAUAUUAAAAAACGUUCCGGAUGUCACUCACAUUUAGAUGAUCCGGAUCGACUGAAAAGUCUGUUCGCCCAAACCCUAACCACGGAGCAGUACACCUGCUGGAAAAUUGACACUAAGUCUUUGGAAACAUUUUCCUCGGAUCCCAUUGUCAUUGGUUUCACUGAUCGGUUCCUGAGCAUUGAUGCGAGGGAAUGCAAAAUAACAAAAAUCGAAAUGGAGCGCUAUCAACAAUUGAUAGUGAUCUUUUAUAAUUCAGUGAUAAAAGACAAGAUGCAUGGGUUGCCAAUUUAUUUGUCAAUUGUUAAUACUUUGCAAGCAAUCAAGGAACAUGCAAAGACUUAUGACGUGUGGCAGCUUAAGCUUAUUGAAAUCUACAUUCAAAUGCAAAAGGAGAACAUCCUUAUAUCAAAGGAGAUUGUUAAUUCUGUUUUGGAAAAUCUAAAAUCGUACAUUGAAAAUUGUCAGAUCUCAAGUAGGGAUCAAUUGAAACGCUUUAUUACAUCUCAUUGCUUUGAAAGCUUAUGUGGACUAGGAUCUGAUGAAAUAUCUAAAAUUCUGGCGGUGGUUGUUUUUUAUGGCUUGCUGCCUAAUGUUCUGAGUUUAGUUGAUUUGAGCGGAACUGUAAAUUACAUGCGAUUGUUAUAUGAAUUGAAUAAAAUCAACAUGGAGACAAGUACAAUUAACUGCAUAAUUAAAGUAUUGGAUUUACCGUAAUGAGUUAGUGUUACAAAAAUUUAAAUUAAUUAAUUUAGCUCUAAAAUUUUAAAAACUGAUUGUAUUUAAAUAAACUAAUAAAUACUUAAUUAUCAUUUAAAGUCAGAAGAGCAAAAUUAAAUAUUUGUAUUUUGUUAUUCGUGUAAAAGACCCCGAUACCCUGUACAAUUUUGGGUUUCUUCUUGUGGGACCUAAUGACGUUCUUGUUCAAGUGGAUCA